CUUGCUGACAACCAGGGAUCCUCCACUCCACACCCAUGGCCUGCAACACCCUCUGCGGAUCCGCCUGCGGACCCACCCCGCUGGCCAACAGCUGCAACGAGCCCUGUGCCCUGCAGUGCCAGGAUUCCCGCGUCAUCAUCAACCCUUCCCCUGUGCUGGUCACCCUGCCAGGACCCAUCAUGACCUCCUUCCCCCAGAACACCGCCGUCGGAUCCACCUCCUCGGCUGCCGUGGGCAGUGAGCUCAGUGCCCAGGGACAGCCCAUCUCUGGUGGCUUUGGUGGCUUUGGCUACGGCCUUGGCUAUGGCCGUGGGUUUGGCUAUGGGUUUGGAGGCCUGGGCUGCUAUGGCAGGAGGGGUGGCUACAUCUGCUGAGGACCCUCAGCACCACUCCAGACAUCACCAGCUUGGGACUCCACAACCACUCUUGCAAGCCAGUCCCUUCUGGUGAUGGUUGCUGUACUUGCCCCUUACACUGGAUUCCUUCCACUUUUUUCUCCUGCCUCUUCAUUCCUUUUCCUCAAUAAACUUUUUCUGCAUCAAAAC